AUGGUAAUACAUAUAUGUGAUAGAUGUGGAAAAGAUUUUCCUAAAUUAGCAAAACUUCGUAUAUAUCUAGAACGAAAAAAUCUAUGUAAACUUAAUAUUCCAUUACAACAAAAUUUAGCUAUAGAUCAAAUUCCGAUACAAACCCAUGUUCCAAUAGGUAAUUUAAUUCAAUUGGAUGAUAUACCAUUAUUACCUAUUCAAAGCUCAGACAAUGUUUUUUCGAAUCUUCCCCAAAAUGAUACAGAAUGGUUAGAUAAUAUAGAAGAUAAAUAUAAUACAAAUACUGAUGAAAAAUGGACCAAAUUAGCUGGAACCUUGCUCUAUGACUAUCCAAAAAGAAAUAUCAUAAAGAUAGAAGGUAAUUUUGGUGGUAAACCAGUAAGAAAAAACUAUAGACUAACGAACAAAGAGUUAAUAUUCAAAGAAUGCGAAUCUAAUUUAGAUCCUUUAAGACCCCAUCAGAACUUAACAGCAAUGAGUUUAUGGCAAGCAAUUAUUCCAUCUCCUGAAAAUAUAAAAUAUAGAUUUAAUUGUUAUGUUGAGAACUCCAAUAAAUAUUUAGAGGUUCCAUAUAUGCCUCAACUUAUAGCAAAUGCAAGAGAGCAAAUUACAAGGGUACUUAAAGUCGAAUUGCAGAAAAAAGAUUAA